AUGGUCGAUCCCAUCAAAGUCGUAACUGGGGACUCAGUCGUGACGCCCAGCAAGGCUUUUGCACCAGAACUCCAGGAUACCAAAGUCACAUCUCCGACGUCCGACUCUAGCGGCGAUACCCUUCAUGACGAGAGCUCUGACGUUCGCUCCAGCGGCGAUGGUCUUGAGACUCCUAAUAGCCCCAUCAGCCCAGACAACCUCAACUUCAACGGUUUGGCCAUCGGCGGUGGUGUUGAUCUCCGCAGGAGCACCGUAGACCGCUACACUAACCCUCAUCAGCGCGGACAGAAGCAACACAACGAGCCGAGUGUGUAUGGUCCUCCUGGUCGUGGGUUCGGUGGCAACAAUCGAUUCGGAGCUGGCUACAACGGUCGAGGAGGUGGUGGUGCGGGUAGUUACCGCAACUCUCGUACUUGGAUGUCCCCGGACGCACAGGUCCAGCAAGAGUUUCUCAUGAUCCGUAAUGCAAUGCGCCGACUCUUCAAGAACUCUGACGUCUCAAAGUGGAAGUUGAGCGACUAUGUUGCUCACAAAGAGGCCAUGCUAGCAUCGCAGGCGAACAAGCUCGCAAACCAGGUCAAGAGCAAGGAAGACGCCCGUUUCAUAUCCUCCCCCAUCUCCUCUGACAUCCAGAAGACGCUCACUAGGUGCGGUCUAGAAGGCAACUUCGAAGAGAUUGGAAACUACGGCCGCGCUCUAGGUGAACAAACCAUCUGGUGCAACGACUGGGAGAACGGCAAGGACGAAAUCGCUCCGUGGCCCUCAAUGGCUGAAAUGAAGUGGGAGGGCGAUGACCGAGCUAAGACAGGUGUUGGUCGCUUCCUUCCUCUUCCCCGCGAGGAGGGUCCUCCGGGUCUCAUGUGGAACCAGCUCCCCGCCAUCGAGCAGUACCCCAUGGACCAGGUUUGCAAGAUCCCCACCAUGGAAGACGUCUACCUCCCCGUUGACUACCACAUCGAGCCAGACCACGAGUACCUCUGGAACAAGGGUCUGGAGAAGGAGAUGGACGACUUCCUGGAGUCAUAA